AAGAGGUUGCUAUUACAUGACGUAUUUUAAAUUUGACAAAAUCUGACAUUUUAAUAACAGCAGUAAAAGAUAAAUUGUUACGGGAGAUUAAAGCACGAAGAAUGCAUUCUCUAAAAAAAUUGUCCGUUUCAUUUGGUCGUAUAUUAAGAAAUAACAUACGACGCACCCUAACCUCUCAACCUGCUGCGAAUGCGGAUAUUGACAAAGACAAAGAGAAAACGAUAUUGGUGAAACAGAUGGAUAAAAUCACUACAAUUGGUAUUAACUGUCCCGAAAAGAGGAAUUGCCUCGACGUAGCAACCGCGCAUCUGCUAUCAGAAACGUUAGAUGAAUUUGAAAGUAAUGAAGAGUCAUUAGUAGGAGUGUUAUAUGGAGUAGGAGGCAAUUUCUGCGCUGGUUAUGAUCUCAAAGAAAUCGCGAAUUAUGAUGGUGAAAACGAGGAAAGUAUACCACAUUUUGGACUACUGGCAAAUAGAACUGAAUUAUCCAAGAAGCCAUUGGUAGCAGCUUUGAGUGGAUAUGCUGUUGGAAUAGGAUUCGAGCUUGCUUUAAUGUGCGACUUGAGAGUUAUAGAGGAGACAGCGAUGGUAGGCUUCUUAAAUCGACGUUUUGGCAUUCCAAUUUCAUGUGGAGGCACUGUCCGUUUGCCUGCCAUGAUUGGAUAUUCUAGAGCUAUGGAUCUGAUAUUAACAGGGAGACUAGCUACUGCACAGGAAAUAUUCAAUUGGGGAAUUGCACAUAAACAUACAAGUUGUGGUACAGCUUUGGGUACAGCAAUGAACUUGGCGAAUUCUCUUGUAAAAUUUCCGCAGAAAAGUUUAUUAGCAGAUCGUGCUUCAGCAUAUUUUAGCACGUUUUCACCAAAACAAAUAGAAGAGUCAUUGCAGUUCGAGAAAGACAAUUCUUCUCAUUUGAUACUGGAGGAAGGUGUCCCAGGCGCCAAGAAAUUUGUCGAUCAUGGAAUUGGAAGGCAUGGGAAGUUUUAUGAUAUCACGACGGAAGACAAGAGCAUUCGAGAAUUAGAUGAAAAUUUAUUAUAAGAUCAAAAUUAAAUACUAAUCGGGCUCUCGAAAUUAAAAAACAAUAAUAUAAUGUACGGAUAAUGAGAGCGUUACACAGCGCGGUAAUUGGUGC